AUGGCCAAGAAGGCAAAGUCAGUAAACCCUGCCGACGCCUUUCGGAAAGCUCAGCGGCAGAAAGAAAUUAAGAGAAACAAGCUCGAGCGUAAGAAGGCGCGGGAAGAUGCUCAUAGUAAAAAGGACCCAUCGGCCCUUCAGGGAGAAAUCAGUCAGCUAGAGCGGCUAUCACAUCCAACCAUCUCUGAACAGAACCGACUCAAGGAAGCCAAGGACGAGCUAUCUCUGAUCCUAAAAGCGAAACAACUGAAAGGAAUUACCACUUUGACUGAUGAGACUCGGUCCGCCACAAAAGUCAUCAUCGACCCCGCAACCGGGCUACCUACAGUCUCACGCCCUGAUAACCGGAACGAUGGAGGAAAUAACGAUCAUAAAUCCACACCUACCACGAAAUCAGCUUCCAACUCACGUACAAUGAAUUGGUUCGGUCCUGAUGGAAAAUUACUCGAACCUGAAAAGAGCUUUUACUACCAUCCGGUUUUCAAUCCCUUUGGCGUUCCUCCUCCGGGCAUGCCCAUGCGCAUGAAAGACAGCUCGAACCUUCCAACCGGUACCUCGUCGAAUGAGCCUCAACCGAUCACCUCUGAUCAUGGCAUCGAUGAAGUUAGCCAAAUCCAUUUACCAACGACUCAAGUCGCCGAAGCGGAAGACGUUUCUGAGAAGGAAGGCGAUGACGAGGAUGAAAGCGAAGAGGAUGAGAGUGAUGAAGACAGCGAGAAUGAUGAGGAUGACAUCCCACUCCCUGAAGGUUCCCCUCCUGCUUCCGAGUCAGAAGGCGACGAGGACGACGACAUUCCGUUACCGGACGGACCACCCCCACCCAAACCAGUCCAAAAACCACGCUCGGAUCAUUUGAUAAACAGACCUACAAAAUCUUCUGAGGAUGCUCGGAUUCAAGGACGUCAUCCUCAUUCUGGUCUUGUGCAGCCUCCACCGUUUUUCCCCCCUCCGAUCACCCUCGUUCCGGGUUUGCCUCCUCCGCCGAUGAUAGCUGGGAUCAGCAUGGGGUCGUUCCCAUUAGGGCCCAACGGACUACCUCUGCCGCCUCCGCCAAUUUCUAAUUUCCAUUCCCUGCCGCUUCCACCCACUUCGGCAAAUCUUCCAGCAAAGCCAGAGGUUGCGACCGGUCGUCCCAAAGGGCUGCCAACCUCUGGCACUGGAACUUCUACACCUAAACCAGUCAUCCAGGCCAGUGCGACUGUGACGGCUCUUCCCCAGCUGCGAGAUCUGAAACGGGAAGCUACAAGCUUUGUACCAGCGGCGAUUCGUAAGAAGCGGAAAGAACUCGAUCGACGUGCUGGGCUAGCUGGUCUAGGCGAUGGUAAUCGUAUCCAGGCUGCUCCAAGCUCCCUCGACCCGGCCAGCGAAGAUCAAUCUGAUUCCAAGGAACCCAAGCAAGUUACAACCAGUCUGUUGGCAGCACUGAAACGAGAUGGUGUGGUUUCAGAUACUCCCGCUUUCAAAGGACCUGCAGGAUCGACAGGGGCUGAAAAGGAUGAUUACGAAAAGUUUGUUCAAAGUUUGGGAGAUGUACUAUAA